UCCAUAGAGUUAAGAGGGAAAAUGUGUCCACCCACGCCCCCACCGCCUCUCUCGUUCAGGUUCCCUGAUAAUAAACUCUGUGCCUGACUUACUGACAACAGAAUGAAGUCUACCUUUGUCUCCUGGACAGGAGCUCAGUGAGACACCGUCCUGAUGGACAUGUCUGGGUGUUGGACUUUAAGCGGACUGUCUGUCUCCUUCAGCUUCGGUAUUUAACGAGCGAGUUACGUCGGCUUUUUCUUUUGAAGUGCGUUUCAGUUGUCUCGUGCACUGUUAGUCUUUAUGGAAAACACAAAAACGCGCGCGGCUUUGAAUCAUUGAGCCAAAAGCUUCAACUAGCAUUUUGAGCUUUCUUUGUAUCUUACAUUAAUGUAUUUUAUGCUUUUAUGCUGCUUUUCUUUUGGGACUUUUUGCUCGAAAACUGUCAUGUAAGCAUGUAAAUUGUAUUUUUGUUAUUAUUUGAGGAAAAAAAACCCACGAAAAGCUAUUUGGGAUGGACUUCAACUACAUUUCAAAUGGAUCUUUUUCAUCCUUUGACUCGCCCGAGAAUCUAGAGGAAGAACAUGAGCAAUACAACAAUGUGCUCAUGCCCAGCAUCUUUGGUGUCAUCUGUAUCUUUGGCAUCUUUGGAAACUGUAUUGUGAUCUACACCCUUGUGAAGAAAACAAAGUUCUGCUCCCAGCAAACAGUGCCCGACAUAUUUAUCUUCAGCUUGUCCAUCGCAGACCUACUUUUUUUACUUGGCAUGCCUUUUCUCAUCCACCAGCUGGUGGGCAACGGCUCGUGGUGUUUUGGUCGCACUAUGUGCACUGUCAUCACAGCUCUUGAUUCCAACAGCCAGAUUGUCAGCACGUACAUCCUGACUGUCAUGACUCUGGAUCGCUACCUGGCCACUGUGCAUCCCAUCCGCUUUAAACAUGUUCGAACCCCCUUUGUAGCUGGGGUGGCGGUGGCUGUGGUGUGGGCGUUAUCUCUGGUCUCCAUCACUCCAGUGUGGAUGUACACAGGACUCAUGCGUCUAAAGGAUGGCUCGGUUGGCUGUGCCCUCCUGCUACCCAACCCAGCCACUGAUACAUACUGGUUCACCCUCUACCAGUUCUUCCUGGCCUUUGCUGUUCCUUGGGUAGUCAUCUGUGGGGUCUUCUUCAAAAUCCUCCAAAACAUGUCAGCUACAGUUGCUCCGCUGCCCCAGCGCAGGUUGAGGGUGCGGACGAGAAAAGUGACCCGUAUGGCCGUGGCCAUAUGCCUGGCAUUUUUUAUUUGCUGGGCCCCUUACUACAUCUUGCAGCUGAUCCACCUUGGAGUACAGCAGCCAACAUUUGCUUUCGUGUAUGCCUACAACAUUGCCAUCAGCAUGGGCUACGCCAACAGUUGCAUCAACCCGUUUAUCUACAUUGUAUUGAGUGAAACGUUUAAGAGGCAGUUCAUUGUAGCCAUUCGGCCGUCCCACAGAGUGGCUCCUGCUCCGGCUGAUGGCAGUUUGAGUCUGAGGAUGGCGCCAGACAGCUCCCAACCAUCUCAAUCACAUUCAGCAAGGGAAUUAUUUCAAAACAUGCUGCCUGUCACCGUGGCUGUGCACUGAGAUGGACACGAGCCAUCCAUGACUAAUGCCAACUGCCAUUGAAAACAAAUGGCCAUCUGCCGCUUGACUGUUUAUUCCCUCAGUAUACACCUGUGUUUACAUAAAGAUGUAACAUCCAAAUGUGACUCUGAUGAACUGUAACGUACAUUCAUGUGCCAAGUAAUGAUAUAAUCUGUGACAUUUCAUGGCAUGUUGUGAGUAAUUGUUGUAUUCAGUCAUCCUUUUUUUUCAAAUCAAAAUGAGAGAAAGAUGAACACUUGAUGUUGUCUUGUGUUUGAUACCAAGCCAGAAAAAACUGAGUCAAACAAAGAACAAAGGAGUGACUGAAAGCCCCCUGAGGUUUACUGUGAUUUAAAACCUUGAUUAGUCAUUAUGGUACCUCUGUCAUGAAAACUAAAAACUAAUUAAAAGUUUUAGUCCACCAUGUCAUUUUAUUGCCUUUCAAAAUUACUUUAAAGUUAUACUAUGCAAAAAGAAUAAAAAAAUCUACCCUCAAAUACAACACAAGAGAAUUUUUCAAAAUGAACGGCCCUACAGCUGGCAGGAGACAACAUGUCCUCUUACAACAUAACAGUAACUGUUUUAAAAAUGCUGUUAAAGUUGUUUUGUUAGGUUAACCAUCUGGGGUCUAUGUUCGUGCCGUCCUGAUCAGAUCACGUGAAGUUUAACAAAAAAACAUUCAACAUUGACAUUCCCAGGUUAUGUAAAACCAAAUAUAUGAUAAUAAGAUAAGAUAAUAAUGAUAAUAUGUAAUUUUGCACAUAGUUUGUUUUUGAAGAGUUGCAGCUAACAAGAAAGAAAAACGUCUAAAAAUAUACAUGUUUUUAUGGGACUUUUUUGUAUAUAGUUUUAUUAUAUUUAAAUUUUACCUUUUUAUAUGUUCAAAUAUGCAUCCUAUGUUUACAUGUUAAGUUCCAAAACAGUUCAUUGAGCAUAUUUGUGGUUUUUAUUGUAGUAAAUAGUAUAAUUUUUCAACUCGGAUUUCAUGAUUUUGGUGUAUUUCUGGGCUCAAUAUGUUGAUAAAGUAGGUUAAAUCGAAAAAAUAAUUGUAAUUAUAUAAAUAUAUAAUUGUCAAAAAUGGACACCAAAUAUGGGUAUAGUAUACAUAUUUUUAAUGUGGUACAUGAAGGGCAAAAUCAAAAGUAUUCAAAAACAUCAAAAACGGCUCAGACCCCAGAGGGUCAAGGCAACAGAAAAACUUGCUUAAGGUCAGUAAAAAAGCCAAUGCAAAGUGCGACAUAAAUCACAACAUUAAUGUUGACAUAAAGUGUGUAGAAGACGUGACAUAGAUGUUAAGUUGCAUAACAACGUUUGGUUUUGGUAUUACAUGGGACACGACUGUCGUGUCCCACCCAGCCUUAGUGGACCUUGAUGCUUUUUAAACUCUCUAAACUCUUUUUAAAAUAUGGGCUGAAAUAUGUGCCACAAGAAACUUUUUUUGCUUAACUGGAAUAUAUUGCA